ACUUCUUUUCUUCCAAACACUUCGUCACAAUAUGGAACCGCUAUUCUCGUCUUGGGUGCUGCUGAUCAGACCCAUCCUCCUAAUUCUCUUUAUUUUCUUUGGGCUUUCUUCUUCAACUUUGUACCCAACGGUCAUCAACUCCACAACUGAGUUCAAGAACUACACUGCAAUAUCCGAGUUUCGGCUUCUAAACAGGAGGUUUCUGGGCCAGUGCCCCGAUCCAAACCCGUACCUCCAGAUCAAUGUCAGCUCGAAUUCUGACCUUUCUGACGAUGAAUUUGUCACGGUUACCGUCAGCGGAGUCUUGGUUCCUUCUGAUAGUGAUUGGGUUGCCAUGAUCUCUCCUUCUAACGCAGACGUCUCGAGCUGUCCUCUUAAUUCCUUUCUAUAUGAACAGACUGGUGAUUUCAGUGAACUUCCUCUUCUUUGCCAUUAUCCUGUUAAGGCACAAUACGCGAGCAACGAUCCGGAUUACUUGAGCUGCAAGAAGAAGGAAUGCAAGAAAUACAGCAAUGGGAAAUGCGUGGUGAGCACUUGCAGCGGCUCGCUCUCCUUCCACGUCAUCAACAUCCGAACCGACAUCGAAUUCGUCUUCUUCGCCGGAGGAUUCGAGACUCCCUGCAUUCUCAAGAGAUCGGCUGCCUUGAAGUUUGCCAAUCCUAACAACCCACUCUAUGCUCACCUCUCCAGCGUCGAUUCGUCUGCAGCCUCUAUGAGAGUAACAUGGGUGAGCGGCGAUAAAGAAGCCCAACAAGUUAGAUAUGGAGAAGAUGGCAAAUCAAAAAAGUCACAAGUUUCUACCUUCUCUCAAGAUGAUAUGUGGAGUUCUAGUCCGGCCAAGGAUUUUGGGUGGCACGAUCCAGGCUACAUUCAUACGGCAGUGAUGGAAGGGCUUGAGCCUUCAAAAACCUACUCCUACACUUACGGAAGUGAUUCAAUUGGGUGGAGUGAUGAAAUCGAAUUCAGAACUCCAGCCGCCGGAGGCGCAGAAGAAGUAAGAUUUCUCGCAUUUGGGGACAUGGGCAAGGCUCCUCGAGACGCUUCUGCUGAGCACUACAUUCAGCCAGGAUCACUAUCAGUGAUGAAAGCCAUGGCUGAUGAGGUAGCUUCUGGGAAUGUGGAUUCCAUCUUCCACAUUGGAGACAUAAGCUAUGCCACUGGAUUUCUAGUAGAAUGGGACUUCUUCCUGCACCUCAUCAGCCCUGUGGCUUCCAAAGUUUCCUACAUGACAGCCAUUGGCAACCAUGAGAGGGAUUACGCGGAUAGCGGAUCGGUGUAUGUCACUCCAGACUCAGGUGGAGAAUGUGGAGUUCCUUACGAGACUUAUUUCCCGAUGCCAACAGCAGCAAAGGACAAGCCAUGGUACUCUAUAGAACAAGGCAGUGUACACAUCACUGUAAUCUCAACGGAGCAUGACUGGUCUAAAGGCUCCGAACAGUAUGACUGGAUGAACAACGACAUGGCUUCCACUGAUCGAUCCACAACUCCGUGGCUAAUUUUUACUGGCCACAGGCCAAUGUAUUCUUCCUCCAACGGGAUUAGUAUUAUACCAAGCGUCGACAGCAAUUUUGUCAAUGCAGUGGAGCCAUUACUACUGGCCAACAAGGUUGACCUCGUGCUAUUUGGGCAUGUCCACAACUACGAGAGAACCUGUGCUGUUUACAAGAGUGAAUGCAAAGCCAUGCCUGAAAAAGAUAAGAGUGGCAUUGACACUUACCAUAACUCCAACUACACGGCCCCAGUUCAUGCCGUCAUUGGAAUGGCUGGAUUCUCUCUGGACUCAUUUCCAAAUAAUGCUGAUAGCUGGAGUUUGGCAAGGAUUUCCAAAUAUGGGUACAUAAGAGUACAUGCCACAAGAGAAGAUUUGAGAGUAGAGUAUGUGAAUGCAAAUACAAGAAAAGUUGAAGAUAGCUUCCGAAUCACCAAAAGCUGA